GCAAUCUCUCGGGCUUUGAAUUGAAGCCCCGUAGAACACCACCUGUCUCAUCAGGGCGUUGAUACUGAAGAUACACCUGUCCCCUUCAGAGUAAACUCAAGAUACUAAGUUCGCUUAGUGACUCCCUGCCUUGCAAAAAGUUUCCCCUGUCUUAGUAGUCUCCCCUCAUCCUCUCGUCCUCGAGCCAUGGCGCGGAGCCGCAAGUCGCGCAAGGGGAAGAAGGAGUGGCGGCGCAACAUCAGCACAGCGGACCACGACAAGUUCCUCGAGGCGAAGGGCCGCGAGGAGCGCAGCGGCGGGCUGCUCGACGCCGUUCCCUCGGAAAACAUAUUCUUCGUCGAUAAGUCUAAAGUUGCGCCGAAGGAGCGCAAGGUGGACAAGUGGCGCGCGCGCGAGUCGCACGCGGACGCCAUCCUCAAGCGUAGCUCGCUCGUUCCGCCGCUUGCUGCCCCGGCGCACGCCAAAAGCGCCGCUAACCCCGCGGGUAAACCCGCGGAUAAACUCGCGGAUAAAGCCGCCGGUAAACCCGCUGUGGAGGUCUCGGUCACCCCACCAGCGGCAGCUGCGGGGGAUGGGGGCGGGGAAGGGGGAGCGGGGGGAGGGAGUGCGGACGACGCCAGUGGAAGAAAUGUGAUUGCAGCAGCGAGUGGGGCGGAUGCCAGUGCUGGGUUGAGUGGGGGAGGGGAGACGGCUGUAGCUUUGACUAGUGGUGCUGAUUCGGAUAAGACAAAAGCAGUUGUAGCGGCGGUUGGUCCAGGGAUCGCGGGAGGAAACCGACGCGCCAAGAAGGCACGGAAGAGCUCCCAGAAGCCGCUUUUCGACCUCUGGGCCGAGGAAGAUUUAGCAGGAAAUCCGCGCACUGCUGGCAAGGGCAAGGCGGAAGGAGGAGGAGGGCAGGUGGUGGAGCGAGUGAGGAGGCGAGGCGACGGGAAGAUGAUCGGCGGCAAGGAGGACCUGAACAAGCCGGGCGCUGCCAUCCCUGCAGUCGAGAUUGACGCGCCUGGGUGCUCCUUCAACCCCUCGAUAGAGGAACACCAGGACGCCAUAGCCGUGGCUGUGGCGGAUGAACUCAAGGAGAGCUACCAGGCAGCGCUGGCGCCAACGCCCCCUCAGCUGCUGGUGACUCGCGCCGAGGAGGAGGAAGCAAGGAUGCAGGAGGCCGCGGACUUCUUUCUGACUCAAGCAGAAGAAGAUGACGAGGAGGAGGAGGAGGAAGAAGAAGGGGAAGACGGGGAUGGCAACACUGCUGCUGCCACAAAGCACAAAGUCCCUCGCCGCCUGACCAAGGCAGACCUGAAUCGGCGCAUGCGGCACCGGCUGGUGGAAGCAGAGCUUGAGAAGCGGAGGAAGCUGAAGCGGAUGCGGAAAGACUUAGACCGACUGAAGGACCUCAAGAGAGAGAUGGAGGAGGAGCGGGAGGAGGCGGAGAAGAGGCGCGUGAGGAGGGAGAUCGCGAGACUGGAGUUCCGAAUGAAACGAGCGCCCCGGCUGGGCAGGCACAAGUUCAAGCCAGAGCCAAUGAAUGUUUUGACAUCGGACCAAGUCACUGGCUCCCUCAGGCAACUCAAGGGCUCGUUCACUCUGGUGCGCGACCGCUUCAAGAGCUUCCAGAAGCGAGGGAUGAUUGAGACGCACGGCCCCACCAUUAAGCAGUCGCUAUCAAGGAAAAGGAGAGUUGUGGAGCAGGGGAGCCAGGGGCGAGGGAGAGGGAGAUGCAUGCCGAGAUUCAAGCGAUGCGAGCAGCAAGCAGGAGACGAAGAAGGCUGCUGCAAAAGAGGCCAUGGCAUCGAGUAACUUGGAAUUGUGAUCAUGUUUGAGUGUUUCGAGGCGCCUUAGAAGGAGAGAUUGGCCUUGCAAUGCAAGCGUAGAGUCGAGGCAGGAUUGUGAUACGCAACCUUUUCUGGCACCUAGAAACGGAGAUGUAAGCAAGUGCAAUGAAUACGCAUGGAUUUUUGCUCGCUUGCAAUGCAUGGUCUCAUUUGCUUUCCAUCAUACCAAUGCCAUCA